AUGUCAGGUUCGGAUUCUGAUGCCACAUGGCCCGCGACAGACGAUUUUGGUUCUCGGUUCCUGGAAAUCGACUUGUAUGAACAAACAAAAGAUUCUGUUGAUCUACCGCGUUUUCGACCACAUCGAGGCUCCAAAGGUUUACGUUCAGACAGCCCAGAAACAAGAACAACAACAGAGUCUCGGUCUAGUCAACGACUCCGACGUAGACGUUGCAUCGUGCAAGAUGAAGACUCUGACUCCAAUGAUAACGCUCCCCCGUUGGGAUCUGUUCGUUCGACCGGUAGAAGGUUGACUGAAUUCCAUCUGCCUGUGAAUCAAAGCCCGGUUGUUGAUGUGGACGCAGAUAAUAGCGAAGAGGACCAAGAAUUGUCAACGUUCCGGAAUCCGAAACUGAUGACUGCCCGACAAUUAAGUCUUAAAAUGCAACGGACAGCCGCUACAGAGAGCCUCGAACCUCCGAAACCGGUUAGCAAACCCACACCGGAACAAAUUCUCGCUCGUCAACAACGUAUUGCUCGUCGUCGGGAGUCGGCGAAACGAAAAGCGGAAAUGGAAAAGCAGCAAACAGUGGAACGCUUGUUAAAGGUAUGCAUUCGGUACGAUCCUCCGCCUUCUCGUAUUGCUUUGAAUUCUUCCCCCAAAUUGUAUGAUGUUGGAUGUGUGUGUGUGUGUGUGAACGCAAACCACCACACACACACCACACCGUGCACUAUUCGCAGACAGCGAUCCAGUCUGGAAGAAACAGCGAGGUAG